CAGGACUUCCUCCCCACACUGGGCUGGGCGGGGCCAACGGGAAGGGGCCUGUUGUAGCUGAGAUGACACAUCGCGGCCGGGCAGCCUGAGCAGCAGCUUGGUCUGCAGGCCACCCUUCCCCGGGGGCUUCAGAAUGGACCUGUACCACCCAGACCCAGGGGAGCUAAGCAGCAUGGAGACGGAGGAGCUGCAGCAGAUCAAAUGGCACCGGAAGCAGCUUCUGGAGGACAUCCAGAAACUCAAGGACGAGAUUGCAGACGUGUUUGCCCAAAUUGACUGCUUCGAGACGGCAGAGGAGAGCCGGAUGGCCCAGAAGGAGAAGGAACUGUGCAUCGGGCGCAAGAAGUUCAACAUGGACCCGGUGAAGGGCAUCCAGUAUCUCAUUGAGCACAAGCUGCUGACCCAUGACGUCCAAGACAUCGCCCAGUUCUUGUACAAGGGUGAAGGCCUCAACAAGACGGCCAUCGGUACCUACUUGGGGGAGAGGGACCCUAUCAACCUGCAGGUCCUCCAGGCCUUUGUGGACUGCCACGAGUUCGCCAACCUCAACCUCGUCCAGGCCCUCAGACAAUUCCUGUGGAGCUUCCGGCUGCCAGGCGAGGCCCAGAAGAUCGACCGCAUGAUGGAGACCUUUGCAACCCGAUACUGCCUCUGCAACCCAGGUGUCUUCCAGUCCACAGACACCUGCUACGUCCUGUCCUUCUCCAUCAUCAUGCUCAACACCAGCCUCCACAACCCCAACGUCCGGGACAGGCCGCCCUUCGAGCGCUUUGUGUCCAUGAAUCGUGGCAUCAAUGACGGCAGUGACCUGCCUGAGGAACAGCUACGGAACCUCUUUGACAGCAUCAAGAGCGAGCCCUUCUCCAUCCCCGAGGAUGACGGCAAUGACCUCACUCAUACCUUCUUCAACCCUGACCGCGAGGGCUGGCUGCUCAAGCUGGGGGGCCGCGUGAAGACGUGGAAACGGCGCUGGUUCAUCCUGACGGACAGCUGCCUCUACUACUUUGAGUUCACCACUGACAAGGAGCCACGGGGAAUCAUACCCCUUGAGAACCUUUCAGUGCAGAAGGUGGACGACCCCAAGAAGCCAUUCUGCCUGGAGCUCUACAACCCCAGCUCCCGGGGCCAGAAAAUAAAGGCCUGCAAGACAGACGGCGACGGCAAAGUGGUGGAGGGCAAGCAUGAGUCUUACCGGAUCUCGGCCUCCAGUGCCGAGGAGCGGGACCAAUGGAUCGAGGCCAUACGAGCCAGCAUCACCCGCGUCCCCUUCUACGACCUGGUCUCUGCUCGGAAGAAGAAGAUUGCCAGCAAGCAGUGAGAUUCUGGGAGGUAGUGCCAGGCGUCCUGGGAGCCGCAUGACGUAUGGUCCCUGGAGAUGUACCGCCCACCCCAGGGCACCCUUUUUCUGGCCGCAGACAUCCUCCUUCUCCCCCUUUACUCGGCGCUGACAGGAGAGAGAGGCUGGGCUCAGGAGGAUGGGUCAGAACCACUGAGGGCUCACAGCCCAACCACAAGGCCCAGGGCCCUGGGCACCCAGGAAAGGCUCCGCCUCCACCCCAAGCCCAUCGCAGUAAGGGGUAAGGAAAGCAGCCGAAAGAAACCGGCCAAUCCGGCACGCCGUCCUCUCUCUGGGCCUCCAUUUCCUCUUCUGUCACAUGUCUCCUCACACUCUGAAAUGCUGCCAGCCCUCAAAGCAGCAGGGGCCUGAGUGCUUCCAACCGUCCCCCCAGGGCGAUGCCUCCUUCUCCUCAGGGGAUUUCUCGGCCGGCCCCUCCCCCAUCCUCAGCUGGGGCUUGGCCCUCCCUGCCCAAGCGACACACGUACGCAUCUCAGGACCCACAGACAGGACCUCUGGGAGACCCCAAGAGCACUGGACCAGGAGCCCAGAUGCCACAGACUCAGUCCCAGCUCUGUCUCCAACUUGCUGUGUGCCCUCUGCCAAGUCACACUCCUUCUCUGGUGCCUAGAAAACUGCGGUGUUUGGAUAGGAAUGUCUUGGCCCUCUGCUCUGUGCCCCCCACCCCCCAACCUCCAACCUGCCGGAGAUGGCUCAGUGCAGGUCCCAGCAGUGCGUGAACUGGCCACCUCCCUCCUCUCAGACUGCUUCGUCUCGGUAGAAGGCCAGGAUUGCACUCCAUCUCCCAAGGAGCUUCUGGCUGAUGUCUGCACUUGUUUAAAGAGCUGGGAGAGGGGCUCUGGACUGAAAUCUGCUGGGUUGACAAGAGCAGAGUGGCUCCAUCCUCAAGGAUGUCCACUUUAGAGGAGAGGCAGGUGGGACUCUUCAAAAAAAUGGCAGAGAGCAUCCCAGACAGAUGUACUCAAGCAGGACUGGUGGUACAACCAAGAAGCCAAGAAGAGAGUUUUGUGAGCUGUGGUUACCAGGAGGGCUGCCUGGAGGCAGCAGCCACACAAGUGAGUGACCCAGAAGCUUGGAACAGAGUCUCAGCUACAGCUUCCCUGCUGGACCACUGACCAGGGAUCCUGUGGUGGUGAGCAGCUGCCCCAGCUGGGUCCCAGCAUCGUGAGACCCUCUGCAGUAGCACCACCAAGAGCGGAGCUGACUUCCCAGCCUACAGGCAGGGGCAGCUCUGUCUCCUGGGAGGGCCCGGCCUGAAGGAGGAUUCCACAAACAGGUUUCUUCUCAGCUGUGCUUCUCACCCCCUGGCACAGGCCCUGGGGGAGCCCCUGGAGGGAAGUUCCCUGGCAGGUAUACAGGAUAUGAGGUUACCUCUGCCCCACUGCCAGCCUGUGUGGGUGAGCUGGAGCAAGGUGGAUUCCCCAGGGGAGGAAAGGCAACUUCUCUGCCUCCACCCCCACACACAUAUACAUGCCCUCCAUGGGGUCAGGAUAGAGUAGCUGCCUUGCGAGUGGUGAGACCCCUGUCUCUGCAGGUGUGCAAGUAUCUGGUGAUGACAUUGCACUGAGGAGGAUCUGGUUGGGUGUCUGCAGGAGGAAGACUGACAGGACCUUUGAGGUCUUCCCCAGACCCCUCGUCAGCCUGGGAGCUGAGCGCCACUUCUGCUGCCUCAUUUGGCCCCUGAAGGAGCAGCCAGGGGGCAUGGGCUCUGAAGUCCUCUCCUGCCACUGGAAUACAUUGGCUGUAUGAUCUUAAUCCAGUCCCUUCCCCUCUCUGGUCCUCAGCUUCCUCCCCCAUCUUUGAGAGGGUGGAAUGAGGGAUUUUCGGGGCAUGAGUGGCUGUUCUGGGAAUUAUUCAGAAUCAAGAAUAAAGCUCAUGAUUCAACUCA